AUGUUAGAAUUUCAAUCAUGUAACCCUUCAUCCACUUAAUAAUCUGAUCUUUAAGUUUUAAAUGUAAAAUUAAUCUCAUAAGAUAAAAUAGUCUCAAUCAUCAACAUAUUUGAUUCAAGCGUUGAAUUAAUUUCCAUAAUAACUUUAACAGAAAGUUUAAGAAAUACAACAAGAGAAUUAAAAAUUAAAAAAUGAAAAUCAACUUCUACAAUAAUCAAUAAAUCAAUUAGAGAAUAAGUAAUAAGAGUUCAUUAACGAAGUAAAUUAAAUCAUUAAAACAUUAGAUUCUUGAUCUUAGAUAAUUAAUUAAAAGAGUCUAUCAAGAAGGUGAAGUGUCUUUUCAAUUCUUAAGUAAUAAAAACGUAAAUUUUAUUGUAAAUUCUAUUCAAGGUAAUACUUAAACAUCAAAAUGACAGUUUAGAUAAAGCUCUCAAAAAUUUAUAAAAUAAUAUCCAUAUGUUUGGACAACUAAAGGAUAUUUCAUAGCUUAUAUAACAAAAAGAUGAUCAUUGA